AUGCUUAUUCACAACUAUAUUUGCUCCGCAUUACUGAUAUUUCUAUUUCAUUCUCAGUUUGCUUCAACUCAGUCACAAUUACUCGCCAAUCCAAUUCGGAACACACUUAACUUAUGGAGCCACCUUCUCGAUCGAAUAGUUUAUAGCGAUUCUCCAAUUGAUCAACAACUACCUUACAUUGUCAACGAUAAGAGUUUACCACAUUUGCAACCUUUAUUAGCACCAAUUCAGACAUCUUCUCCGUUGCCAAACGAGUCGGCAAUAAUCAGAAAGUCGAAAAUAAUAAAUGAGGAGUUACUGUAUCGCCUUCUGCCGCCGACGAAAGAUCAAGUAUUAAAAUUGCCCGCCACUGAAUCUUCAGAUAAUGCAACAGUUCAACCACGUACCACUACACUGUCUAUAGAUAGCCAAGAAAUCAACGAACCAAAUUCGACAUUUCAUAACAAUGACAAUGAAACCUCAAAUGCGAAUUCUGAGCAAGAGGAAUCAAUUGAAAAUCAGGAGAAUCCAUUCGGUCUUAUCACAUCGAUACUACCUAAAGAAGAUAUGGACAACGAAGCUAGCAAAUUACAGAGUACAGAACCUCUGCCCGAAACGCUGCUGACAUACAAUAUCACAACACAAAAUAGCAGUUUUGCGCCGCAGACUGAACAAAAUCAGCAACACGUUGAUGAAAUGGAUGGAAUGGCAAGUAGAAUCCAGAACGUAACAACUGUAACAGCGGCCACUAUCACUACACUAAUUUAUUCUUCAACUGACAGUACGAUUUUCAUUGACUCUGAUGUCAAUACUCCCACUGAUACAGAUGUGCCUAUUAAUUUUUCUCCCGAAAUCAACGUUCAAUUUCGAUUGAAAAUGAACCGAAAAUCGAUAGAUACCGAAAAAAGUCCUUCACAGAUCACUGUCAAAAAUUCAGAGACGAUUUCGAGGCAGAAAGAAAUUUUGAAACCAUUAACGAUGGAUGAUUCUGCUGACGAGAGUGAAGAAAAAGAAUCACAGAAUAAACUGCUAAAUGAGUGCAAUAAUGAUACGAUUUGUGAUGAAAUGAGAAUACAAUCCGGAAACAACACAAUGAUGAAUAACAAUGUGAAUGAUGCGAACGAUGAGAUCAUUUCUCAUUUCAACGGAUCAACAGCUGAUGAAUUUGACUUAACAAACGACUACAUAAAUCGUUCGUACGACAAUAACUCGAAGGAGUCAUUCAACGAAACAACAAUCAUCAAAACCAACGUGAUAUCAGAAACAUUUGAUGACCAUCUGGAUGUGUAUCUUAAUAAUACACAUAAUAACUCAGAAAGUAAUCUCACGAGAAGCUCGUCACAGCUGGAAGCCGAACCAACAUUGGCCGAAGUAAUAAACUUGAAACAUAAGAACUCGUCAAAAGGAGUCAGUGAAUCAACAAGAGAUAAAAAUCGGAGCGACAUUCCAGAUGCCGAAGAAGAUGAAUCAUCAAAUAACCAAGUCACCAACACCACUCCAACCUCAAUCAAAUCGUCCAUUACUGAACACAUUACUCAACCAACUACUAAUAGCUCAUUCAACACAUCAAAUUCGUUAGAUCAACCAUUUCCUCAAACCCUACCCAAUUUUCAACCAAACACCAAACCAAAUUUAAAUCUGUUGACACCAAUAAACAACAUAAUUGAUGGUAUUGGUCCAAUUAUUCUACCACUUCUUGGAUACACCCGCAACAAUCCGAAUUCAUAUUACCCAUAUGUGAAACAAGUGCAUGGAGUAAAGACUUACGUUGAUAAUAAAAUCGGGGAUGAUGCCGUACGAAACAUUUAUGCGGAUGAUUCAUUACUUGGUCUGAGUACAGCAAUAGCACGAGAAAUUUUAAGUAAUCAAGCGAGAACGCAACACGCAGAUGUCAUUGCCCAGCAACAACCAUCACAACAACAAUACAGUGAUCAUGAAAUGAAAGAAUCUGUUGAUCAGUUGGAGUCAACGCAUCAAUCCACAAUAACAACUCAUGCUGACGUGAAUGAUAAACAUGAUAAUAAUGAUGAUAAUAAUAAUCACAAUAACAAUAAUGGAAAUAACAAUGAGGACAAUAGCAAUAUUCAAAGUAGCAAUACUGAACGACAGCACUCGAUCAACACUAAUCAAAAAGAUCUCAACAUGAUACAACCUUCUCGAAGCGUUCCAGUGGCGAAGUCAAUGAUGCAAUCAGUCACCUCUGAGGCAUCAUCAAAAGACUUGAAGAGUACUUUGAAUAAACCCGUCAUGAGAAAUGCUAGAAUCGUCAAUCGAACCAUCAAGUAUCCAUCUUCGAAAGUAUUAACAUAUCCACGAAUUACACUGAAUCCAUCCAGAAAUGAUUAUCAGCAAACAUUCGCUGGAGAUAUACAUAAAGAUUCCGCUCUGGCUCAGCAUCAAUACGUUAUAGAAGAACAUUCAAGACCAAUUGCGAAAGUCCCAGUUAUGAGUACUGUCGAGAAACUCACACCAGAAACAACACUUGCAACGAAAGAAAUGAAUAUUAUCGUACCUCGCUUCAAUAUAAAAGGUUUUCCUGACUCAUCCAAAGAUUCCAAACGAUACGACUCUCAAAGGGCAUUCAAUAAUAACGAUGGAACUACUGCUGAAAUGUCAUCGGACUGGUCACAUCAACUGCUAGCAAGAGAAACGGCUUCUAUGCGUGAUACGCGUCUACCCAGUCGUUUCUACCGACGGAAAUCACAGUCAACAGAUUCGUUGAAUACUUCUGGCAAGUUAACGAAACGUGACGACAAUUCAUACAAUGAUAGUCAUUCAGAGGCUACUCGCUCGAGGUUUAUCAAUCGAUCUGAGCUGCUUUCAUCAAAGCAACCAUUCGAGCAUGAUGAAUCGAUGUUAAAAUCGAACGAUGACAACGCAAAUACAGGAAUGUUAUCCUCACUACCGAAAGACACAAAAACAUCUGCGGGUUUCGGUAGAGGACGAACACCCGAUGCAACUUAUGAAGCGAUGUUCAAUGUUCAAUUAAAUCGAAGCUGA